CAUCCCACACCAUUCCUAUCCCUUCCCAUCCCUAUUUUCCCCCUCUCCCACUCCCUCUCCCUCCCAUGGGGCAGCACGGAGGGGUCAGAGCCACAUCUCGGGCCGGGAGGACCAAACCCGCCAGGCCCCGGGGCCGGGAUUGCGGAUCCCGGGAUUGCUCCGGGAUGCCCGGAGCCCGGGGAGGGCGGCGGGGCCGUUAUCAGCUCCGGGAUGGAUCCGCCGCGGCCCCGGUACCGUUAUCAGCUCCGGGAUGGAUCCGCCGCACCCCGGGGCCGUUAUCAGCUCCGGGAUGGAUCCGGCCGUGAUCCCGGGGCCGUUAUCAGCUCCGGGAUGGAUCCGACCGUGAUCCCGGGGCCGUUAUCAGCUCCGGGAUGGAUCCGCCGCGCCCCGGGGCGCUGCGCUAACCGGGUUAGGCGGGGCGGGUGAUGGAUGGAGGGAUGCGGGCUGGAUGGAUGGGGCCGUCACGGCUCCCCGCGGCCCCCCCGGGCCGGGCAGCGAUAAAAGGCGGCGGUGGCGGCGGGGGGAGCCGCAGCCCCUCGCCAUGAGCAGCCCGGCCGCGCUCCGAGAGGGCUACGAGCACUUCGACCCCCGCGCGUACCUGCGCAACAAUUACCUCCCACCCCGCGCCGACUUCUCCUCCGAGGAGUUCGUGGUGCCCUGGAAGCUGCGAUGCCUGGCCGAGACCUUCGCCAGCGGUGAGGGGAAGGCGGCCCAGCGGGGAUCCCCCCGGUGGGGUGGGGAAACUGAGGCACGGAGCGCUCCUCUGCUCCUCCCCGGUUGUCCCGGUGCCCUGAUUGCUGUGAGGAUCUCCCCCCACAACACCUCCUGUCCCCUCCCAGGUGAGAUCCGGGGCCGAACGUUGAUCGAUGUGGGCACGGGCCCCACCAUCUACCAGCUGCUGAGCGCCUGCGACCACUUUGAGGAGAUCGUGGCCACCGAUUACCUGGCGGUGAACCGGGAGGAGCUGGGCCGGUGGGCGCGGGGCGAGCCCGGAGCCUUCGACUGGAGCCCCUUCAUCCAGCACGUCUGCAAGAUCGAGGGGCGCGGGGAGCCGUGGCAGGACAAGGAGCGGCGUCUCCGGCAGCGCCUCGGGCGGAUCCUGCCCAUCGACGUGCACCGGCCGGAGCCGCUGGGGACCCCCCUGCGCCCCCGCGCCGACGCGCUGCUCUCCGCCUUCUGCCUGGAGGCCGUCAGCCCCGACCGCGCCGCCUUCGUGCGGGCUCUGGCCCACCUGGGCAACCUGCUGCGGCCCGGGGGCCACGUCCUGCUGCUGGGAGCCCUGGGCGAGUCCUUCUACCUGGCGGGCCCCGCUCGCCUGCCCGUGGUGCCGCUGCAGGAGUCGGAUGUGCGGGAGGCGCUGGCGGCCGCGGGCUUCGCGCUGCGGGAGCUGCGCACUUACGCGAUGCCCCCCGCGCUCCGCACCGGCGUGGAUGAUGUGGAUGGAGUGUUCUUCGCCCACGCGCAAAAACCGCUGGAAGGCUGAAGGGAAUCCCCCGGAAAUCCGCGGGAAAUCUCCAGCCCCCGAUGGGUGAGGGGGGUGGGUGACAAUAAAGGAUGAGGUUGUGGCA